ACCUUUAUUGACAUUUCUUUAUGCGUUUCGAACCCUUUUGUCAACCCCUUCCUUCGUCUAAGUGGAGAAUAAUGUAGUAGUAAUUAUAUAUAUUGAUGUGCUUUUAUCAGGUAGUUCAUCCACGACAGUGGAAGAUAUGCCAGAGCCUCGUGUCAAUCCUAAUUGUGAUGAUGAUGAAGAAGAAGAUGAAACAUCCGAUCCUUAUGACGAUGAAGAAGAAGAUGAAACAUCCGAUCUUGAUAAUGAUGAUGAAGAAGAUGAACGCAAGAUCAUGAAUUUCAUGAAAGAUUUGCCGAUUGAAGUGUUUUACCAAUGCCCGUCGUUGAAAAAAAUGCUGUGGGCAUUUUGGAGUGAGCCGACUCUCUCUCCUUGCAGUGUUGGUAGUAUUACGGAUUCGGCAACUCACACCCCCACCACAAAUCAACCCAUCAUUACAGACAUCAUCAAAUCGGCCCUUCUAGACUACAAUGGCAUUUUUUAUGGGGACGAAGACGUUCUAAUACAGUUUUGGGCACCUAUCAGAACAGAAACAGGGUGUGUCCAGCUUGUUACUUCAGACCAACCUUUUGGUCUUUCUUAUGAUCUUGAUGAACGACUUCUUAAGUAUAGGAAGCAGUGUUUGCAAUACAAAUUUAAUGUGGAUGGGGAAGAAGUAGAAGGCCUUGGAAUCCCUGGCCGUGUGUUCCGCCAAAAAUGGCCCGAGCAUCUUCCGGAUGUGCGACAUUACUCUACCAAAGAGUACCCACAGCGUGAUAUUACUCUAGCUUGCGAUAUUGAGGCUUCUUUUUGUUUUCCGUUGUUUCAAACCUCUUUCCAGGAAUGCGUUGGAGUUCUUGAGUUUGCUACAACUACCAAUUCCGUUUUAUACUGGACGUGUAAAUCGUUUAUCCAGCUUGCGGGUCUGAAAAGUUCUCUGUGUUGUGGAUAUGAUUUUAUUAGUAAGGUUGAUUAUCCGGAUGAAAUCUACAAAGGGUUGAGAGUGGUGUGCGAAACUCACGACUUACCUCUGGCUAAGACAUGGAUUCCGUGCGGGCAUUUCAAUGGCUUGGCCUUUGAUGGCAAUUUGGAUAAUAGCUAUGAUACGUUUGAUGUAAGCUGUAUGGGACCAGCCUUUCACUGUCAUUUGGGAGCAUCUUAUUUUAUAGAUGAAGAUCUGGAGGGUUUCUUCUAUGACCGGAAUGUUUUUCAAAGGGGGCAUAGAAUUGUUGGGAGUGCAUAUCAGUCACAUAAACUAUGUUUUUGCAGAGAUAUAACUCAAUUCAGCAUAACUGAAUACCCCUCCAUGCCCAUUGCACGCUCUUUAGGCUUAACAGGUUGUUUUGCGAUUUGCUUGCAAACUACUUUUUCCAACAAUUAUUAUUACAUCAUAAUAGAGUUUUUUCUGAAUCCUAAAAACACAUAUGGUGAAGACCAAGGUGCCUUCUUGUGCCCAAUAUUAGAAACAAUGAAGCAAAAUUUCCCAAGCUUUAAGCUUGCUUCUGGAGAAGAACUCGGGAAGGAAUUAUCCAUUGAAGUUAUUAAACCUCGCAUGAAUCAGGAGCCUACUUCUUUUCAAUGCCAAAGUACUUCAUCUCCAUCUAAUAGGCCUGGAGUCUUACAAAAUGGACAAGAGAUGAUGCAACCACAUUCAUCAAAUCAACAGAUAUUUGAAGUUGAUGAUAUCGACAACAGAUGGAAUCUUGUUGAUGCGGCGCAAAAUAGCAUUCCUGUUUCUUGUUCAGAUGAGGCUCGCAUGAAUCAGGAACUUGCUACUUUUCAAAGCCAGAGUACGAGAUCUCCACUUGGGAUUGGAGUCUUACAUGAUGGACAAGAGACGUUGCAGCCGCAUUCAUUAAUUCAGCAACCAACAGAUGAAGUUGAAGUUGAUAUCAACAGUGGAAGGAAUGUUGAUGCAGAGCAAAAUAACACUCCUGGUUCUUCUUCAAAUGGUGAACAUCCAACAUUCAGUCACGAGGAACUCAAAAAAUAUUUCGGAAUGCCACGUAAAGUUGUUGCACAGAAGUUUAAAAUGAGCGAAUCCACAUUUAAGCGUAGAUUGGGAGAAAUUGGACUCAAGUGGCCAUAUGUUAGGGGAAAACAAAAGUUUAAAGGCUCUACUUUUAGACAAGACCCUCCUUGUUCUGAUGCUCACAUGACUCCACUUGUGAGACCACCAGUCAAGAGAAAGAAGGUUAAUGACCCUCCCUCUAGACAAGACCCUCCAAGUUCUGAUUUGCCUGCUCGCACGACUCCAGUUGUAACACCACCACCAGAAGCAAGGAAGAUGACUAUAAAGGCAACAUAUAAAGGUUCUACGGUAAAAUUUGAACUACCUCUUACAUCAGGAAUGACGCAGUUGGAAGAGAAAGUCUCCAAGAGGUUCAAGUUAGAUGUUGGAACUUAUAAUAUCACAUAUAAUGAUGGUGAGGAACAAAUUACAAUACCCUGCGACGAGGACUUGCAGUAUUGUAUGAAUGCUUUCAAUUUAUCAGGCAAGGAUACAAUCAGAAUGUUAAUUGAGCCAAAAUAAUUAUACAUGUUUGUUCCUAACAAUUUGUUGGAAUCAACUUUCUAUUCAAUAUAUAUUUAUAUAUUUUUUUCUUUUCAGCAA